AUGGGAUCGGGCAACACUUGUGUGAUCGACUUGAAAUAUAAUGAAAUCAAUCAUACAAAUGAAAUCGAGGACAUUUUCGCAGUUACGGACAGGACAAAGUCGACUGCAGCUACGAAAUGCAACGGGCAAUCGAGCAGAGGCCACGCCGUGAUCGAACUUGCAAUCCAAUGGCUUGACAAGACUUCAGGAGCUUCUCAAACCGCCUGCCUGCAUCUGGUCGAUCUUGCUGGCUUUGGAAAGUCGAGGAAUCCGAACUGUAUCCGAUGUCAGCUGAGCAAGAAUCAGCACAUACCAUAUCGUAAUUCGAAGCUGACAGUGAUUCUGCGUGACAGCCUUGGAGCUGGUAAUUCGAAGACGAUGAUCAUCACAGCUCUGCAUCCGGCUGCAACUCAAAUUGCGGAAAAAAACGAAGUUUGGAGUUUGCUCAGCUGA